AUGUUUACAAAAAAAAUCUCAUCAAGAUGUCAAAAAAAUCGACAGUUAAAAUUCAGGACUCUAAAAAAAGAUUCUACAACCCGACUGAAACAUUUGAAAAUCGUUUUAGAUCACUUUGAAGCAGAUGAAGCAAAAACCUACUUUGAGGCCAAUUUCAGUCAUGUUUACUUUAUUCUCUAUGAUAAUUUUAUUUUAGCUGAAAACAAUCUUCGACAGAGAGAACUACCGUUCCAUCUCGUUCACAAGGCUGGUAAAGAAGAACUUGAGGGUGCUUUGUCACUCUUAGAAAAGGUUCUAUGCCUUCUACCGGAAUUAAUUGGGAAGAGAUGGCAGUUACACUCAUUGACAAGGAUAUUUUCAAAACUCCUCCAUGGAGGUAAUUCACAGAAGUUAAGAGCAGAUGCAAUAAGAUUUUUCCUAUUAUGGUACCAAGCUCUUGGGGAAAACGCCCCACAAGAAGUACAUAGAAUGUUUGCAUCCCUUGUCCCGGGAUUACCAGACUCCUGCCUACCACCAACUGGGUCUCCAUUCAAACCUAAGGUGUUUGACUUAGUGACAAAUAUGUCGCAGAAUUCAAGUGAAUUCAAAGUUGAAGAUAUCCUACAGCAUCCUAACUUUAGUUCUACGGAGAGUGCUAAAAAAGUUGUUGUGGAACACACGUCCACAGGAUUCAUGGGAAAAUUGGCUAAUGUGUCUGCGUCAAUAUUCCAUGAUACAAAUGCCCUAAAUCCCGUUCAAAGCGUUGACAUACAGCCUCUUCUACCUCCUAGUACGAGUGAAAAGGUUAUAGAGAAUGAAACGAAACAUUUCUUUGAAAUAUUGCUUGAUGCUAUGGCAACAUCAGUAACUAAAGUUCAGUGGAAAGACAGAUCACACGCGAAAGCAAUGAGAAGUUUUGCUUUCCUGCUGGAGAAAUUCAAAAUGUAUUAUUUACCAGUUAUAUGUCCCCAAUAUAACUAUAAAAAUUCAUUGUAUAAGCCUAAUCUUGAUUUACCAGUUCAACAUAAUAUACUAGAAGAUGACUUUGCAAUAUGUAGAGUGGUUCUGAUAAAGUGGGUGGCGAAUUACGUACACUUUAUGAAGAAGCAAGGCAGCGACGGCGGACAGCCUUCAUCAAUGACAAGUACUGGAUCUCACAUAGUUCAUUCUAAUACCCCGACACCUGCAACAUCCUUGCAUCAUGAAGAGGAGACCUCAUUCACAGUUGGACAUCCAUCGGACUCCAGCCGAGCGUCAUCUCACGAUUCAGCUUCUAACACUCCACAUCCGAGCUUGGAAUCAGGUACUGGAAUUUACGAAGAACUCUCGUCGGACCAAGUGGUGCGCGAUGUGCUGUGCUGUUCCUCACGCGAACAUGUGGAUUUUACGAUCGAGAUCCUACGACAGGCUUUCCUGCUGCCAUUCACUCACGCUGCUGCUGUGAGACGGGUUAUAGCGCUUUAUAAGGAUUGGAUACAAAUGAAUGUGGCGGAAAUUCCUCCGUUCCUUUUGGAGAAUGUCUACGACCAGCAAGCUGGCGGCGAGCCACAGGUUCCACCACGUAGACUGAGAAACGAUUCAUAUUUGGGUGCUGUUGGACGUGACAAUAUUAUGGUCCGAGCUGGUUUACAGAACAUACUACAAAUAUUCAUGACCCAAGCGGCGAAUGUCUUCGUAUCGAGUAGUAGUGUGGCGCCACCUGGUGGACCACCUUCACAUCAACUCUUGGAGGAGCAAACGGAUACGUGCAAACGCGUACUCAACAUUUACCGGUAUAUGGUAAUGCACGUUGCUAUGGACGAUCGCUCUUGGGAGCAACUGUUAUUAGUCCUACUCCAAAUUACGUCAAUCGUCCUGACUAAGGUGCCGCCUAAAAAGAAACAGGAGUCUUUAGGAGGCCACCUGGCACCAGCCUUGUUUCAAACAUUAAUCGUGACGUGGAUUAAAGCGAAUCUAAACGUCGCCGUCAAACCCGAAUUGUGGCAAAGCUUUAUGGAAUUGUUGACAAGACUGACUCAUUGGGAAGAUUUAAUUAAGGAAUGGGCCAAAACUAUGGAAACACUAACGCGAGUAUUAGCCCGCCACGUCUACUCCUUGGAAUUGUCAGAAUCCGGAUCAAGCGGGUCUGGUGACGCAAGAGGGCGGGGUCGGAGGCCUCCACCCGUUGCGUGUACGCAUCGCCCCCCACCCCUGCGACGCGCUGCGUUACAGCCCGCUGACACUAGGACACCAGGCAAAUCUCCCCGAGUGGGUAACGAAGCUCACCCGCGCAAGGACGCAUCAUCGCGUCGGCCCCUUGUGCGCUGCCGGAGUGAUCCACAUCUUAAUAGACAUGCGUAUUCGCCGCAAAGCUCACAAGAUGAAACCAAAGAAACAAUUGACAACAAGACAAGACGUUGGUACUCCUUGGACUCACUUAGGCAGUCUUCUCAUCACGAAGAACGGGAUUCGGCGAGCGGUUCGCGUUCACCAUCUCCAGCGCCCUCUAGCGGCGUUGAAAGUAGUUCCAUUAAGGACUCGCCUCUGCAAAUAGAUUUAGCGUCGGAUGGCGGUAAUGUUGAAUGGUCGGAAGCGGAUAACGGCGAAAGCGUGGAGGGUGACGUCAGAGGUGUGGGCGUGGUUCUGGGCGGUCGCGCUCGUGGCUGGCUACCCGACGUCGCCUGGGUGAUGUGGCGUCGCAUGCUCGCGGCCCUCGGUGACCCCAACGCACUGCGGGAUGCGCAUGCCCACCAACAUCUGUUCAACUACUUGAUACAUCUUAAUGCAACACUUGUAAAGAUAAGUGCCAAUCAGACGCUGAAUGGAAACACGGAGAUUCAUGUGCCCUUCAACUUGGUGGCAGGGUGGUGUUUGGAAGCAGAAGCACUCCCACCAUCACACAGGUCCGGAAAGCUUCUGGCGUUGCGGUUAUUAUGCGAAUCGACGCAAGCGCAGGGGCCGGGCGCUCCGACGUCGUGCAAUAAUCGUUUACAUCUAGCUCACUUGAAUCUCUACCAGAGGGCGCUACAUCAUGGCUUAACAGGAGAAGAUCGUUCAGUAGUUGACGUGCUAGUAGAAUUUGCAGCACCGCGCUAUCUCUCUUUAGCAUUGGACGGUUACUCAUUGCUGCUGUUAGAUUUCGUCCACGCAUCUACUGUGGUACUUAAUUCUUCAGACAUGGGACCGUCGUGUCCACGUACGGCUGCCGUCACAUUUCUCGGUUCUCUACUAUCUCUGCCUGACGGUUUAAUGAACGCGCCUAUGUUGCAACCCUAUCCUCACCAAUACAACACUGUUUCUUGUCCCGAUCUUAAGGAACACGUGCUAAAUAUCGUGGUGCGAGUAUGUCGUCGAGAAGGCGCCGCCGCGGCUAGAUGCGCGGGCGCAUGUGCUCUCGCGGCGCACGUGUGCCAUCUAUUGGCGACGCGUACCCACUGUGAACGCUUGCCCGCAUAUGUCACAUGCUUAUUGCAAAUGCUUAUGAUGAAAAACAAAACAAUAGCGAAAGUUGUGAGCGACGCUAUUCUUGUCCUAGCUGAUUAUACAGACCGCAUAGUGGAGAUGUAUCCGGGACUCGCUGAAAAAAUAUUAAAGUGGAUUUGCGCUUGCUUGGCCCACAUCUCACACAACAGCGGUAGAGACGCGGUUAAGCCGCUGGCCGGCUCAUUGCUACUGUGUCUGGCCGAAUUUGCUGUUCGCUGCGGACCGGCAUUACUUAUGCAGCAAAAGGAGGACGAACAGACACUACUGCUUAUGAUUUUUAGGGUAAGCGCAAUGUGA